GUGUCAAAGCGCCCCAGUUCAUCCUAGAAUUCAUCAGAAUCCCUCUGCUUUAGCACUGUAUUCAUACACUUCCUACCUGGUACGAAGGCAGGAAACUAUUCUCAUCUAAUAUAAAAAGUGCCUAGAAAUGUAACUAAAUGUAACAUCUAGGAGACAGUCAAGCUUGGAUGAAAAGUAAUUGUCUCAAAUUCUGACGAACAAGAGGGCCUUUCUCAUUCCAGUAAUCCUUCUUUGUAAUCGGAUGCAAAAAAGCCAGAACUUCUCUCUCUGCCAGGUCGCUUCAAAUCCUUUCCCGAAGGCGGCAGAAGAUAAAUUAAGCACCAGCCCCGCCACGUGGGUAAGAAAAGUGUCCUCUCACCUCCAGAUUCCCUUUCUCCCUACCCUCCGGGUUCGCUGGCCCCAGGGAAAACAGGCCUCGGCAGCCGGGGCCGGAGCUCCACCUCCCGGCGCCACACUAUGUCAGAAAGACCUGCGCAGAGAGGGUCGGAAGGGUGGCUUCCCACAGCGGCAGAGCCUUCUAAGGGAGCAAAAAACAAAAAGCGGAAAAUCCAUCUGCAAAACCAAGCUCCUUAUUACCUCCUAAAUAAGAGGAGACGGAAGCGGAAGUCCUGGUGUAGGUCAUAGAGUACCCUUGUUCCGGUUUCAGUGCUGCGUUCAGGACUAGAGCGCCUUUCUUCCGCCGGCCGUCCCUGGGGUCCUUGCGGCUUCUGUUUCCGGGUGCGGCUUCUGUCAUAAAGCAAAGCCGAGACGUUCUUUCUAACGUGGCGUCGUGGGCACUUUGCGCCUCGCCUGGGGUCAGCAAGCAAGGACGAGCGCCGACAGGGGUACUUUGUAGCCAACAGCUGGAGCCGUCCUUGCGUCCCGGGCCCUCGCUGUGGCAUCUGUGAUCCCUCAGAGCUGGCUGGGUUUUCAGCCCUCACAGGGGCGCUGAUUCGCAGCUCCAGGACUGCAGGUCGAGAGGCCAGCGCUCCUUAGCCCAUACCCGUCCCUAGUCUCGCUCUGCCCUGUAAAGUGCAGCAUUUGACAGGUGCCCCCUACCCACAUAUCACUUCACAGCGCGCGGAAGUUAACUUUCUUCUUAACCUCACUUUGACAACUGUCCACUCUUCCCCUGCAGAAGAGAUCUUUUCCUCUCAGUUGAAUCUCCCAGUAAAACAAAUCUGAAGUCCCGGAUGUCAUGCAGCUCCCAUUGGAUAAAAACUUUCUUUAAAAGUUCAUGCUUACUAGGGAGUUUGUGGGAAAAGUGAAACCCAAUAUACACAGAACACUAUGGCUGAGCACGGAGCGCACAUUACAACUGCUUCUGUGGCUGAUGACCAGCCAUCCAUCUUUGAGGUGGUAGCCCAGGACAGUUUAAUGACAGCAGUGAGACCUGCUCUUCAGCAUGUGGUCAAGGUUCUUGCAGAAUCCAAUCCUGCCCAAUGUGGCUUCUUUUGGAGGUGGUUUGAUGAAAUCUUUACUCUGCUAGAUUUUCUGCUUCAGCAGCACUAUUUGUCUAAAACCAGUGCCUCAUUUUCUGAGAACUUUUAUGGCUUAAAGCGGGUUGUAAUGGGGGACUCUCCCAGGUUGCAGAGACUGGCCAGCGCGGGUCUCCCCAAGAAGCAGCUUUGGAAAUCAGUUAUGUUCCUGGUUCUUCUUCCCUAUCUGAAAGUGAAGCUGGAGAAGCUGGUCUCCAGCCUGAGAGAAGAGGAUGAAUAUUCCAUUCAUCCUCCUUCUUCCCACUGGAAACGAUUUUACAGAGCCUUUCUGGCAGCCUAUCCAUUUGUUAAUAUGGCCUGGGAAGGUUGGUUUCUUGUACAACAACUUCAAUACAUCCUAGGAAAAGCUCAGCACCACUCACCCCUGCUGAAGCUGGCUGGAGUUCGGCUAGGUCGACUGACAAUUCAGGAUAUACAAGCUCUGGAGCACAGACCAGCUGAAUUUGGCAGGAUGCAGCAACCAGCCAGGAGUGUUAGUGAGAAGAUAAAGUCAGUUCUGAAGAAAGCUGUGGGGGGUGUUGCCUUAUCCCUCUCAACUGGCCUUUCUGUUGGCSUAUUCUUCCUGCAGUUCCUUGAUUGGUGGUACUCAUCUGAAAAUCAAGAAACCAUCAAAUCACUAACUGCACUGCCUACCCCMCCACCACCUGUACACCUAGACUACAACUCUGACUCUCCCCUCUUACCCAAAAUGAAGACUGUGUGCCCUCUGUGCCGUAAAACCCGGGUGAAUGAUACUGUUCUUGCCACCUCUGGUUAUGUGUUUUGUUAUCGCYGUGUGUUUAAUUAUGUGAGGAGUCACCAAGCUUGUCCCAUCACAGGUUAUCCAACAGAAGUACAACAUCUAAUUAAACUGUACUCUCCUGAGAACUAAAAGGAAUUAGCAUCUUGUCUCAUAACUUAAGURUUGCACYGUAAGGCCACAGGGUUGUUUUUCAGCAUGGUAUAUAGCACUGAUACUUCUCUGCCCCAAUUCAUUAACUAUAUUAACUUAAACAACAUGGUUUUSUUUAAAAAACAUACCUACUUGAUCCUAUCCUUUUAGCCUGCUCUUUAGACCCCUUCUACAGUUGACCAAGCUGGUUAAAAUUAGGAGAAUCAAGAUUAUAGGGCAUAUGAGGCUCAAUAUAGAGAYGGACAAAAAUUAGUACAGAAGCUUUUCUUCUUCUCAAAGAAUAAGAGGUACAGAAGCACUCAAGAAAACCCCAGGUUAGGCCUCAUASUUGGGUGGUGAGGAAGCAGGACUUCUUUGGAAAAGGCAUUUAUCUCCCUGUGAGGCAGUUUUUUAUCAGUUCACAAAUGCUCUUUAUAGAGCAAAACAACUCCCUCCACAUACUGUGAACCAUUUGUUAAUCUGCUAUGGUGUAUCAGCUUUGAAGAUUCUUUCAUGAGCCAUAAUCUCUUUCUUGG